AUGGCCGGUCGUAAGUUCCACUAUUUUGGAGACGAUUCGCAAUUCGGGGACCAAGCUGUUGGCUACGAUGCUGACUUGGGACAAUUUUACUAUGCCCCGGCUAAGCCUGAAUUCACUCGUGACAAACAUGGAGUUAUGAUCCCUAACAAUCCUAACCCACGGGACUUGGCUCGGUAUAACAAAUACUGGGCUCAGGUCGAAGAAGGUGAGAAGCGCCGAAGGGCAACUGCUAUCCAAGCCAGCACCACUGCCCAAUCUGUCGCGUCUACCAGCAUCGUCCAAGAACCCACAGCGUCGAAACCUGCACCAAAUCAGCGUAAUGCGACGUCUAGCGGGCGAAAAUUUCUUCAGUGGCUAAACGAGCCACUGCCAGCAUCACUCCCGGAGGCACAGAAGCCAGAGGGGAACCAGGAAGGCGUUCCAAACGCUAAACCUGGUUUCUUCAGGCGGAUAACUCGGGAGUUAACCGAGGAGUGGAAUCCCUUGGAACGCUCUAAGACCUCCAAGACCAUCAAACGCCACAAAGGCGUCAAGCCAUAUGAGGGGACUUGA